AUGUUUGACUCUCAAAGAAGGGGAUUGCGCGCUCGGCGUCUGCUGCUGUCACUUCUGCUGCUCACAGUCUGGGAAGCUGGGAGCGGCCAGGUCCACUACUCGGUCCAGGAAGAGGCCAAACACGGCACUUUCGUGGGCCGAAUUGCCCAGGACCUAGGGCUGGAGCUGGCAGAGCUGGUGCCGCGCCUUUUCCGGGUGGCGUCCAAAGGCCGCGGGGACCUUCUGGAGGUAAAUCUGCAGAAUGGCAUUUUGUUUGUGAAUUCUCGGAUCGACCGGGAGGAGCUCUGCGGACAGAGCGCAGUGUGCAGCAUCUACCUGGAGGUGAUCGUGGACAGGCCGCUGCAGGUUUUCCAUGUGGAAGUGGAAAUAAGAGAUAUUAACGACAAUCCACCAGUGUUCUUUCUCAGAGAACAAAAGCUGCUGAUUCCUGAAUCUAAGCAACCCGAAUCUAAUUUUCCUCUAGAGGGAGCUUCUGAUGCAGAUAUAGGAGAGAAUGCUCUAUUGACCUACAGACUAAGUCAAAAUGAGUAUUUUUCUUUACAACUACCAACACAUAGUAAGCAGACUAAAAGACUGUCGCUUACAUUAAAGAAAUAUCUGGAUCGAGAGAAAACUCCAGAACUUAAUUUGCUACUGACAGCUGCAGACGGGGGAAAACCAGAGCUCACUGGCACCGUUCAGCUUUUCAUCCACGUCUUGGAUGUUAACGACAAUGAUCCAGAAUUUGAGCAAUCAGAAUACAAGGUGAGAUUGAUGGAAAACGCAGCUAAAGAAACUUUUGUGAUAAAGCUAAACGCCACAGAUCGAGAUGAAGGAGUCAAUGGAGAGGUAACAUACUCCUUGAUGUCAGUUAAACCCAAUGGAAAACUCUUAUUUACACUAGAUGAAAAUAGCGGAGAAGUGAGGGUAAAUGGAACUUUAGAUUAUGAAGAAAACAAGUUUUAUGAAAUUGAAGUACAGGCUACAGAUAAAGGGAAUCCCCCAAUGGCAAGUCACUGUACAGUCUGGGUAGAGAUCUUAGACGCCAAUGACAAUGCCCCUGAAGUCACCUUGACUUCCCUGUCUCUCCCUGUACGAGAGGACACUCAGCCCAGCACGGUCAUUGCGCUGAUCAGUGUAUCCGACCGUGACUCCGGUGCCAACGGACAAGUGAUCUGUUCUCUAACGCCCAACGUACCUUUCAAGGUCGUGUCGACGUUCAAGAAUUACUAUUCGCUGGUGCUGGACAGCGCCCUGGAC